AUGUCUAUUCGGGCCUUCCUCUCUACGCGAAUAUUCCCUCUCCCCAAGACCCUGUCCUCUAUCCUCCCGCGCUUCAUUUCCACAACCACCACCACCACUCCUCCGCGCCCUCCUCGCUACAUCCCCUCCCAACUCGACUCCGUCGAAAACCCAGAAUCAUAUCACCCGGGCGGCCUACCUCCGCUCUCCAUCCACGAUACCCUCCACCACGGACGACAUGAGUAUAAAGUACUGCAUAAACUCGGUUUUGGAGGUUCGUCGACUGUUUGGCUAGCGAGGGAUUCGGAAGGAGAGGGGUUGUUUACAAUCAAAGCUAUGCGGGCGGAUGUGCUCACUGGGUCGAAAUCCAUUGACGACCUCCCCGACGUCCGUAUCUCUCGUAUUCUCCGAUCCACCACCGCCUCAACACACCUCCUCACCCCCCUCUCCGCCUUCACCCACCCCACUCCAAACGGCCUGCACCCCUUCCUCGUCUUUCCUUUCCUUGGCCCGAGCGUGCAGGCUAUGUAUGAUACCCCUGGCCGUGUGCGCGGGAGUAGGAGGUUGAGAGGGGAGGUGGCGAGGAGGGUAAAUAUAACCACCUCCAACAUCCUCUUCCGUCUCUCCCCCUCCAUCCAGUCCUGGUCCGACACAUACAUCAACGCCUACUUCGGCCCCCCCGAAACCGAACCCGUCCGUCUCCGUCCCCCUCACCAAAACGAACGACUCGGACCCCACGUCCCCGCCGAACUGGUUGCUCCCAUCUCAGACCCACUCAUGCGCGACCUCAUGUACGUGCAGGAAAGUGUUGUGUUAACCGAUUUCGGCCAGUCCUACGUAGGCGCGCCUCCGAAAGACUAUCAACCCGGCACAUCACUAAACUACCUCGCACCCGAAACGUAUUUCGACGACCGAACAGGCUUCGAAACGGACAUCUGGGCGCUCGGAUGUGCGAUUUUUGAGAUGAGAGCGGGGUUUCCGCUUUUUGAGGCAUUUUUGGGAGGUGCGGGGGAUGUGGCGCGCGAGUGGGUUGAGGUGCUAGGCGAGAUGCCUGAACCGUGGUGGGAUACGUUCGAUGAGAAGAGGGGUUGGGAUGGGGUGGAGGUGGUGCCGGGUACGACUUCGAUUCGAGAGAAGUUAGGGGAGAUCGGGACGAUGGAUGAGUCGGAUGGGUAUGAGGGGAGUAUGAUGGAGGUGCCGGGGACGAGGUUGGACGAGGACGAAGUGAAGUUGUUGGGUGAUUUGUUGGAGGGGAUGGUUAAGUGGCGUCUGGAGGAAAGGUUAGGCAUAGGGGAGGUGUUGGAGCAUCCGUGGUUUACAUUUGGGAUGUGA